AUGGAUUUAUUGGAUUGCCGACAUUUUUCAUAUCUGGUUGUGCCAAAAUAUGCGAAUCAGAAUGGUUUUGCGUUGCCAAACUUUGGUCAGCUAGAUGUGCUUCUAAGACGUCUUGUAGAAAUGUUAGAAUCAACGAAAUGCAAGGAAGUAACAUCAUCACUAGUCGAUUUCUUUUUUGAUGCCGUAGUAAACUUUGUAAACCGACAUAGCAAUAGUCGAGAGAUGCCGAUGGCAAGAAUACUGCCUUUAAUUACGGAUAGUUUCCAUACCUUAUCUCGAGGCGAUUUCGAUUCACCAAUACAAAAUAUUCUUUGUUCCACCGAAUUACACUCACUUUCUAUGCAUGUUUUUUCACUUCCUCCUGUUAAACUGUGA